AUGGAUCUUGCAUCGGUGAAGAAGUAUCUAGAAGGUGAACAAGUCGAGAAAGAUGAAGCCGACGAGAAGAAAACAGAAUCAAAAGUAGCGAAUUUACCAAACAGAUUCAUCGAGAGAUUCGUUGUCAAAGGUCUUAAAGUCGAUCUCAUCGAGCCUGGUCGAGUCGUCUGCUCCAUGAAAAUCCCUCCUCAUCUCCUGAACGCAGGGAAUUUCUUACACGGAGGAGCAACAGCGACAAUGGUGGAUUUGCUCGGAUCAGCUGCAAUUUGCACAAGCGGUGUUACACAGACCGGAGUUUCUGUUGAAAUCAAUGUCUCAUAUCUUGAUGCUGCUUUCCUUAACGAAGAGAUAGAGAUUGAAGCAAAGACAUUGCGUGUUGGUAAAGCUGUUGCUGUAGUGAGUGUUGAGCUGAGGAAGAAGAAGACUGGUAAGCUUAUAGCUCAAGGUCGCCAUACUAAGUACCUUGCUCCUCGUAGUAAGCUUUGA